AUGCCUCCCACCCAACUCCCCGCCUCGGGCAACCCGCUGGUAUUUUUCGACAUCACCCUUGGAGGAGAACCGCUCGGCCGCAUUCAAUUCGAACUCUUCGCCGAUGUAGUCCCCAAGACAGCCGAGAACUUCCGCCAGUUCUGCACGGGCGAGACGAAGAACCAUCUCGGGCGGCCGCAGGGCUACAAGGGGAGCAAGUUCCACCGCAUCAUUAAAGACUUCAUGUGUCAAGGCGGCGAUUUCUUAAAUGGCGACGGCACAGGCUCUACCUGCAUCUACGGGACCAAGACCUUCGCCGACGAGAACUUCACCCUAAAGCAUACCGAACCUGGUUUACUCUCCAUGGCCAACGCAGGACCCAACGGCAACGGUUGUCAAUUCUUCAUCACCACGGUCCCCACGCCCUUUCUAGACGGGAAACAUGUGGUUUUUGGUCGUGUCGUGGAUGGUAUGGAUGUUGUUCGUAAGAUGGAACAUACGAAGACUGGAUAUCGGGGUAAAGACGUUCCGAAUCUGGAUGUGGUUAUUAGUCAGUGUGGAGAGAUGUGA